GCCUGCGCCCGCCUGCCGGUGUAUUCUUCUGCUGCUCUUGGACUCCUGAGGAGAGAGCGCGAUGGCAGCCAGCCUGGUGAAGGUGAACGGGACUGAGGUCUCUGUGGAGGACUCCGGCAAGAGUGUCAUGAACAUCACCAUCUGCCAGGAGUCUUCACUGUCCUACCUGGUCAAGGCUGUGACAGCCACAGGCCGGAAGAGGCUUGGGCAGAUGGCCCCCGCCCCGAGGACCCCAGACCCUUCGGCCCCCACCCCAUUACCUAGCAGAGCCCCAUGCAGCGGGGAGCAGAAAGUGCUGGGGGGGGCCCAGAUCCUGCUUGGAGUCAUGUGCCUUGGCCUCGGGGGAGUCCUCUGUCCCUUCAACGACUAUCUCCCAGUACGAAGAUUCGGGACCCCUUUCUGGAUGGGGAGCCUGUUUGUGGUGUCCGGCUCCUUGUGUGUGCUGAGCGAGAGACGCGGGGGCCGCUGCUGGGUCCAUCUGGCCACCUUCUUCAGCCUGGCCAGUACCAUGGCUGGCUGCGUGGGCUUGGCCUUGGGAGUGCUGGACCUGCCCUACCUACAGAACACACCCUUCUGGAUGAACGAGGUGUGCGGGAAGCAAGGAGGUUAUGUAGGGUGGAGGCCCAGCCCCGCGCAAAGAUGCAGGGACACUGUGCUGAGCCUGCUGAACGUUGUUAGUGGUGUUCAGAUCCUGCUGCUGAUUUCCUCUGUGGCUGCCCUGGGAAUGGCUGCCUUCUGCUUUGGAUAUGGCCUGCGUAUUCUCUGCUGCACCCUGCAGGAUAACACUGAGGACCGCAUCACAACGGGUGAUCUGGAAGUCCCCUUGGCAGGAAUGCCCCCUCCGUAUGAGGAGCUGGCCAAAGAAAACACAGCUGCCUAAUAUGGCUGGGCCCACCCCCUACUGUGUGGGAGUCGCCCCCAUGCCACCUCUGGUACCUUGCUGCCUGUCUCCUCCCCCCAUCUUUGUAUGCCACGCUGGGCCUUCUGCUUCUGUCCUCGCACGAUCCUGCAGCUCUCUCCUGACUGGAACAUGCCGCCUCCUCCAGUGGCAAUCAGCACUCUUCUGGCACAUGGAUAAAGUGGAUUCUGUGUUGGUGUUUUGGAAGUCUGUCAUUCAGUUUUAAAUUGUAUGCUGUUUAGGGCACAAACGUGUCUUCUUGCGCCCCUACAGAAUUAAAAACCCAUGAAGUGC